AAAAUGGUUGCUGAUGGAUUGAGAUUUUAUUGCGCUUAGAAUGCUGUACAAAUUAUUUUAAUACUUUGUUUGUUCAGUGUUCCAUUCUCAACGUUUAGGCAAGGUAGCAGCUGGUGGAGAUGUUGUAUGGUGACACCCAACGCCGAAAAAACAAAGGCUCAGAAAGUUUGCUGGCACAAGCAGUUGGACAGGAGGCCAAAGAAAAAAUGGCCAAAACAAUGUUUUCUAGGUCUAACUUAAAACUGAUUAUAAUUGGAUUAAUAGCUAUAAUCUUAUGUACAAAACUUUGGCAAAUGUUUCUGUCAUCACCUGAUGUAAACUUACCACCUCCCGAUGCUAAAACUGACAUUCCAGUAUGGCGGCAUACAAAUAAUCCUCAGGGCAUGACUAAACAAUCUCUCAAUGAUAUUUUAAGUGAUAUCGGAAAGCAAGGUGAGCUUGACUUUGAACGACCACUGUCUGAAGCUGAAAAAGAAACAAUUCAUUCCGUUAGCAACAUUAAACUCCCUAAUUUAAAGAAUGUGUAUAAAAGCACUGGAAGUUUGAUUUUCAAAAAUGGCGAGUUCUUCUUGGAAGGGGAGCAACUGAGAAUUUUGAGUGGUGCAAUGCAUUACUUCCGUGUCAUGCCGCAGUACUGGACAGAUCGUAUGCAGAAGAUGAAAGCAUGUGGGCUCAACACUUUAGAAACGUAUGUCUCUUGGAAUCUCCAUGAGGAAAGUCCCGGAAACUUCAACUUUGAAGGAAUUCUCAACAUCAGGGAAUAUAUAAAGGAAGCCCAGAAACAGGGAUUGCACGUGAUACUGAGGCCUGGCCCCUACGUCUGCUCUGAGUGGGACUUCGGGGGCAUGCCAGCCUGGUUGUUACGUGACCCGAAUAUGAAGGUGCGCAGUAACUACCUGGGUUACCAGAAGGCCGUGGAGCGGUUCUUCAACAAGCUCAUACCCCUGAUCACUGACCUUCAGUACUCCAAUGGAGGACCAAUCAUAGCUGUACAGAUUGAGAACGAGUUUGGAUCCUACAGUUCAGAGGUCGAGCAUCUCCUCUUUGUCAAACAGCUGCUUGUGAAGAAUGGUAUCAAGGAGUUGGUAUUUGUGUCUGAUGGUAUAGUUCAGGACAAGACAGGAUUCCAGGUGGCUCCGUUCUACGAUGAGUCCCUGCCCACAGCCAACUUCAUGAAGUACAAACUUGGUGAGCCGUUAUUUCAGCAGAUCCGCUCAAUCAGCCCAGACUUCCCACUCAUGGUGAUGGAGUUCUGGGCGGGGUGGUUCGACCACUGGGGGAAAGCCCAUGCCAACCCCAGCACAAAAUAUUUUGCUCGUGACUUGGAGCACCUGUUGAAAUCUGGGGCAUCGGUGAAUUUCUACAUGUUUCAUGGUGGGACAAACUUCGGAUUCACGGCCGGGGCCAACUGGUUCAACAAUACGGGGUACAAGACUGACGUCACCAGCUAUGACUAUGUUGCACCAAUAUCAGAGUACGGAGAGAUCACACCAAAAUACGAGAUUAUUCGAGCCCUGAUUCGUAAAUAUGAGAUUCUGCCGAAAGCAAAACCAGACCUACCUCAGUUGCCCGCUCCAGUCAGUACUGCUAAUUAUGGUAAAGUGGUAAUAGAUGAAUUCUUACAGCUGGAAGAUAUGAUGGUGCCAGUCAAGCCAAUCAAGUUGGAGCAUCCUGUUACCAUGGAGAAGUUGGACCUAGGUGAGGGCAGGGGACAGAACUUUGGCUUUGUUGUGUACAGGGUCAUUAUAAAACAUGGGAAGAAUCUCAAGUUCACAAAGCCUGCUCGUGACAGGGUUCAGGUUCUCCUGAAUGGUAUCCAGGUUGGUGUGUUCACAUGGAUGAGUUCCUUCUGGCAGACCACCUUUCCCGUUGACAAGGUCUUUGAUGAGAAUAUCUUGGACAUUAUAGUGGAACAUCAAGGUCGGGUGAACUACGUACAUCAGGGCUUCAACAGGUUCAACGAGGAACACAAGGGUCUUGCCGGUGAUGUGUUACUUGAUGACAAGCCUGUAACAGGCAAUUGGUCUGUCUACCCUCUGCCCUUUACUAAGGAACAAAUUAGCAAAUUUGAGGAGAGCAAGAAAUGGAAACCGUACGCGAACUGGAAGGGAGUCUCGUCACUGUACCGUGGUUCCCUCUUCAUCAAUGGAACACCAAGGGAUACGUUCGUCAAUAUGAAGGGCUGGAAGAAGGGGAUUGUGUCCAUAAACGGAUUCAAUCUGGGCCGUUACUGGGAGGAGGGGCCACAGAAGACCCUUUAUGUCCCCGCGCCGAUCCUCAAACCUGGCUCCAACAAGAUUGUGAUAUUUGAGCUGAAUAAAGCCUCACAUUCGGUGACAUUCGACAACGUCCCCAAUCUUGGAUGAAAAGAGGAGAGUCGUACUGAAUGAAAUCUUGGGAACUUCCACUUAAGAGUCAACUUAGGGCACACAAAUAUGCACAUCUGUCACAUGAUUUUUAAUAUGAAGAAGUAUGAAAUAUUGGAUGUUGUUUAUUAUUUUGCAAUUAAGAAUUCUUCAUAAUUAUGUUAUCUGUGUAUUUAUUACAGAUUUAUUAGUUGCAAAUUAGAAAAGAAUGUCUUCCUGUUCAGAUCUGCAGCAAACUGUAUAAACUGAUAAUUUCUUUGGUUAGAAUUAGUCAAAAUAGUUUUUGAUUGGUCAAUAUUUAUCUAAUAAUGGCUGUUGACCAAUCACAUUGCUUGCAUGUGCAAACUUACCAAAAGAUAAUCUGCGAAAAAGUAAUCCAGUUUUAAACAAUUGGCCCUGUUCAUUUUUUUUUUUUAAAUUCUGUUAUUUUUUUCUUGGUUGUGAUGUGAUUGAUCUGAAUUAUAGAUGUUGUCCAUGGAUUGAUCUGAAUUAUAGAUGUUGUCCAUGGAUUGAUCUGAGUAUUAGAUGUUGUCCAUGGAUUGAUCUGAAUUAUAGAUGUUGUCCAUGGAUUGAUCUGAAUUACAGAUGUUGUCCAUGGAUUGAUCUGAAUUAUAGAUGUUGUCCAUGGAUUGAUCUGAAUUAUAGAUGUUGUCCAUGGCUUAUUGACCUGUAGCCAAUUGUCCACACGUUGUAGUCUAGUUUGCACAUUGAAAUGAAAUGAUUGGAAGGUAAAAUUAGCUUGAUGAUAUUGACCAAUCAAUAGACAGUUUGUUUAACUUUUACCAAACCAACAGUUUAACUAGAUUUAUGCAAUUAGCUGCUGAUAAAAACAGAGCUUAAUUAUUCUUGACAAACAAAAUACCAUAUAUAUAACAUAAUAUAUAUAGGGUAAAAAUAAUUAAAAGAAGCCCCUGUGGACAAUAGUACAUGCAUAGAUUAAGUGAUUUUCUAUGUUACCCAUAAAUAUUCCUAAGGCAUGGUUAUAAAACAUUGUGUUAUUGUGGGAAUAAAAUAGUUUUAUUUGCAUUUUUAUCUACAAAUUCAAGCGUGAUGUUGUGCACGUGCCUAGAUGUACAUGCAUAUUGCUUUGUAUACCUGUGACUAUGAAACUUACAUUUACAAAGUAUUCUUACAGACAUGGAGCAUUCGCUCAUUUACUGUGCCUUAUAUUUGUGAUAUAAAAAACUUCACAUUCCCUCAUUUUCAUCUGCACUUCUUUUGUCAUUUGCACAUUACGUAUAGUUUAGUUAUAUGUACAUAUCUGCAUAUAUUUUUCUUAUGAUACACAUUAUUUUAAAUAAUCAUUAGUUUUCAAAUUUUAAUUGAAGGGUGGAUGGCUAGUUGUGAAACAAGCUAAGUCCAAUAAUGUAAUUCCAAUGCUCACUUGCAUAAUAGCGGGGAAAAUCCUUCCAUGUCACAUUCAAGGAGGAAAGAAAUCUUAGUUCAAAACGUACAUCACAGGAAUUGAUAAUUGUCAGGGAUUCUAAAGUUCAGGGUAAAUCCUGGAAUCAGGAAUGAGAGCUUCAUACUAGCAUAGUGAUGUAGAUUAGUCUUUGCAGGGACUCUUGGAUCCAAAAUAAGUAGGAAGUACCUUGAAAUGAAUAUAAAUGACUUGGAAAGAAUUUCAAAAGGGGUCUUAUCCUGCUUUGGGCAUGAAUCCCUUGACUCGAACAGAACUGUGGCUAUUCUUCAGGAUUGACAAUUAUCAGCUGUCAGGACCCCUGAUUUGUGCUUGAAAACAAAUGAUAAUGAAUGGAACUGUUCACAUGUAAAAGCCUGGGGGGUUGGGUUAUAGGCUCUUGUGUACAAAAAUGGAUCUGUUUACGUAUAAAAGCCUGGGGGGUUGGGUUGUAGGGUCUUGUGUACAAAAAUGGAUCUGUUUACGUAUAAAAGCCUGGGGGGUUGGGUUAUAGGCUCUUGUGUACAAAAAUGGAUCUGUUUACGUAUAAAAACCUGGGGGGUUGGGUUGUAGGGUCUUGUGAACAAAAAUGGAUCUGUUUACGUAUAAAAGCCUGGGGGGUUGGGUUGUAGGGUCUUGUGUACAAAAAUGGAUCUGUUUACCUAUAAAAGCCUGGGGGGUUGGGUUAUAGGGUCUUGUGUACAAAAAUGGAUCUGUUUACGUAUAAAAGCCUGGGGGGUUGGGUUGUAGGGUCUUGUGAACAAAAAUGGAUCUGUUUACGUAUAAAAGCCUGGGGGGUUGGGUUGUAGGGUCUUGUGUACAAAAAUGGAUCUGUUUACGUAUAAAAGCCUGGGGGGGUUUGGUUGUAUGUUCUUGUGUACAAAAAUGGAUCUGUUUACCUAUAAAAGCCUGGGGGUUUGGGUUAUAGGGUCUUGUGUACAAAAAUUGGAUCUGUUUACCUAUAAAAGCCUGGGGGGUUGGGUGGUACGGUCUUGUGUACAAAAAUGGAUCUGUUUACCUAUAAAAGCCUGGGGGUUGGGUUAUAGGGUCUUGUGUACAAAAAUGGGUCUGUUUACCUAUAAUAGCCUGGGGGGUUGGGUUGUAGGGUCUUGUGUACAAAAAUGGGUCUGUUUACCUAUAAAAGCCUGGGGGGAUAAAAGCCUGGGGGUUUGGGUUAUAGGGUCUUGUGUACAAAAAUGGAUCUGUUUACCUAUAAAAGCCUGGGGGUUGGGUUGUAGGGUCUUAUGUACAAAAAUGGAUCUGUUUACGUAUAAAAGCCUGGGGGGUUGGGUUGUAGGGUCUUGUGUACAAAAAUGGGUCUGUUUACCUAUAAAAGCCUGGGGGGAUAAAAGCCUGGGGGUUUGGGUUAUAGGGUCUUGUGUACAAAAAUGGAUCUGUUUACCUAUAAAAGCCUGGGGGGUUGGGUUGUAGGGUCUUGUGUACAAAAAUGGGUCUGUUUACCUAUAAAAGCCUGGGGGGUUGGGUUGUAGGGUCUUGUGUACAAAAAUGGAUCUGUUUAACUAUAAAAGCCUUGGGGGUUGGGUUAUAGGGUCUUGUGUACAAAAAUGGGUCUGUUUACCUAUAAUAGCCUGGGGGGUUGGGUUGUAGGGUCUUGUGUACAAAAAUGGGUCUGUUUACCUAUAAAAGCCUGGGGGGAUAAAAGCCUGGGGGUUUGGGUUAUAGGGUCUUGUGUACAAAAAUGGAUCUGUUUACCUAUAAAAGCCUGGGGGUUGGGUUAUAGGGUCUUGUGUACAAA